AUGGCCUCGGAACUAAGCACUUCAUCCUCCAUCCUCAUCGUCGGAGCCGGCACAUGGGGCUGCUCCACGGCCCUCCAUCUCGCCCGUCGAGGAUACAAGCAUGUCACCGUCCUGGACCCUUACCCGGUGCCUUCGCCCAUCGCGGCGGGCAACGAUGUCAAUAAGAUCAUGGAGCAUAAGGAAGUAGCAGACACUGCCGACGCCCGAAGCAUCGCCUUCGCAACAUGCACCAGAGCCGCGCUGAAAGGCUGGCAAACAGACCCGGUCUUCAAACCCUAUUUCCAUGAAACCGGAUUCAUCCAGGCAGGCCACACCCCUGCUCUGAUCGAACAUAUCCGUCAGAACGACCUGUACCCGUCCGAAUCCGACUUCGUCAAGCUGGAGACGGCCGAGGAUUUCCGUAAAACCAUGCCCCCCGGCGUCCUGACCGGUGACUUCCCGGGAUGGAAGGGCUGGCUAAUGAAGAAAAACGCGGGCUGGAUCCACGCGCGCAAGGCGAUGUUUUCGGCUUUCCACGAGGCGAAGCGUCUGGGUGUUACGUUCAUCACCGGAUCGCCGCAGGGGAAGGUCGUGUCUCUCGUCUACGGCCAGGACGACGUGACCGGUGCCAGGACAGAAGAUGGCAAGGUCCACUCUGCGGAUAGGGUCAUUGUCUCUGCCGGAGCAGGUACGGAUCGUAUUCUUGACAUGGAGAAUCAGCUCCGUCCGACGGCGUGGACACUGUGCCAUAUCAAGAUGACGGAGGAGGAGAUCAAAUCGCAACGAUACCGGAAUCUGCCUGUGCUCUUCAACAUCGCCAAGGGCUUCUUCAUGGAACCGGAUGAGGAUAAAGGUGAACUGAAAAUGUGCGAUGAACACCCCGGCUACGUCAACUGGGUGUCCGACCCAAACCGACCGGGAGAAAAGAGAUCCAUCCCCUUCGCCAAGGAACAGAUCCCCCGCGAAGCUGAGAGACGAGCGAGGGAAUUCCUGAAAGAUACCAUGCCGCACCUCGCGGAUCGGCCGCUCGUCUUCGCCCGCAUCUGCUGGGACGCUGAUACUCCCGACCGGUUCUUCUUGAUCGAUUACCACCCCCGGUAUCCGUCGUUGUUGCUUGCGUGCGGUGGAUCCGGGAACGGUGCCAUGCAGAUGCCUUCCAUUGGAGGAUUCAUCGCCGAUGCACUCGAGGGGAGGCUGCAGGAGGAACUGAAGGACGUUUGUCGUUGGAGGCCGGAGACGGCCGUUGGUCGGGACUGGAAGUCUACUCAGGGUCGGUUUGGAGGGCCGGAUAAGGUGAUGGAUUUUCAGGAGGUUGGGGAGAAUGAGUGGACGAGGGUUGGGAAGGAGAGUUUGCUCUAG